AUGGCUGACCCCCAGGCCAUCACGUACGACCAGACUGCACUCGACGAGGCCGUCAGACCGCUGACCUGGUUUCUGAAUACAACACAUUUGCACGAGCUUAGCACUGAAUUCACUGCAACGUACCGAGACCUGGCAAAAACCUCCACGGAACAUUUUCUGGCCACCCCUGUCACUGUUCUUCCGACUGGUCUGGAAUCUGGUCGCUAUCUUGCUAUCGAUGUUGGUGGCACGAAUCUACGUGUUGGUAUCAUCGAGCUCCUGGGCAACAUACCACUUCAGCGCAUUGCUGAGGCCGAAGAUGUAUCGACGGCCAAGAUUAUAAAGUCACAUGAUAAGACAUGGCCUAUUGUUGAUCACCUAAAGAUGGAUCAGGCCGAAGACCUGUUCUCUUGGAUUGGUGACUGCAUAGCCGAAGUCCUGACGGAUGCCCUCAGCGAUGCUUCGGAUGAGAACUUGUUCGGUAAAGAACUUCCACUUGGUAUCACUUUCAGUUUCCCCUUAGCACAAACAUCAAUGAAUGAGGGUAUAUUGAUGGGUAUGGGCAAAGGCUUCGCUAUCAAACAAGGACUUAGCCUAGGAGACCUUCUUCUCGACGGUUAUUCUCGGCACUGUGCUGACGCCAACGGGAACAUACAUAGGCUUCCCCGCCUGAAGAUCGCUGCCAUCACGAAUGAUACCGUAGCUACGUUCAGCGCUCUUGCCUACGCUACGAGAACAACAACAAAUAGCAAGACAACCAUGGGACUUAUUGUAGGCACCGGAUGCAAUGCCACUAUACCGAUGAAAUUGAAGUAUCUACAUGACGAUAAGAGAAGAGCGGCACCUCUCCCCAAGAACUUCGACUACGAAGACUCCAAGAUCGUUAUCAACACCGAAUGGACUAUUCGGGGCGCUGACGAACCGAUGAAAAAGUUAGGUGUCAUCACGUCUUGGGAUGAUGAUCUUAGUAGAAACUCUGAAGUCCCUGGCUUUCAACCAUUUGAAUAUAUGACCGCUGGACGUUACCUUGGCGAGAUGGUUCGCCUCGCCUUCAUCGACAUUACCACUAGGCACGCAACAAGCAAAUUUGAAUUUCCGCCUACGCUACUCGAAAAGAACGCCAUAUCCACCAACUUUCUUGCAACCUCCGUCGCUGAUGCAGACCCCGUACUCCUUACCAGCGUUCUGAACUCGACCUUCCCGCCUUCACAUCCUGCAUUUGCAUGGUCACCUCACCAUGCCGUACUCCUGAGUCGUAUUGCCCUCGCUGUUCAAGCACGUGCUUCAGCUCUCGUGGCAGCAGCAGUCAUAGGCCUACUAGGAUGUGUCGAGGAACUAGCCUUGGACGACUUUAAUGGCGAUCGCUUUUCCCGGGAGGGAAAUCCCGGACCUGGAGAACCAAAGUGCGAUAUGGUAGUUGCCUUUACGGGAAAGACCAUGGCUGGCUACCCGCUGUAUAGAAGCACUUGCCAACAUUGGCUGGACCAGCUUGUGCGGAACGGUUCGGCGCGAAAUAAAGGAAAGAGAGUCGUGCUGAAGGCUGCAAGUGAUGGAGGGAUUAUUGGCGCUGCAGUGCUCGCUGGAAUGAUGGUUAGUAGGACUUGA